UGCCGAUAACACGCGUUCGCGGUUUGCCGGCUUUUCUCGUAAUAAAUGUUGAAUUAUUGUGACUAGAUAUGUGUUUUGUAUACAAACCAUAAAAUUAAAAAAAAAUAUAGGCGUACUUAUUGAACGUGGUUAAGUGAAGUGAUCUGAAAAUUUGGUUUUGGGACGUAAUUAUUUGACUGUUUUGUCUUGUUAGUUUUGUUUUGAUUUUUGUUUUUGUGGCGUUUUUAAAGACUGCAAAUACAGUUUUUGCUGGAUUCACAGAAACAUCAGACCUUCGUCAAGACGUUUAACCUGCAACAGCAACAGCCUACCUGUGAUGGUGAAAUGGCGACCACCACGAUGGUAGUAUCGCCGCUGGCCACGCAGUCCUCGCCAAAGAACAAGCGGCGCCUGUUCGCCGAGGCACGGCAGAACAGUCUGCAGAAGCUGAGCGUCAUUUUCGACCAUUCGCAUAAGAAUGGCAAUGGUGGGGAGACGACAUGGUGUUUCAGCCAGGUGAAAGGCACGCUCGAAGACGACGUCACAGAGGCCGACCUCAUCUCCUGCGUGGAGUUCAACCACGAUGGCGAGUUGCUCGCCACUGGCGACAAGGGAGGCCGAGUCGUCAUAUUCCAGAGGGACCCAGCAUCAAAACAGUGCGUACCCAAGAAGGGCGAGUACAACGUGUACUCAACAUUCCAGUCGCACGAGCCAGAGUUCGACUACCUCAAGUCGCUGGAGAUCGAGGAGAAGAUCAACAAGAUCCGGUGGCUCAAGCGCAAGAACCAGGCUCAUUUCCUGCUAUCCACUAACGACAAGACUAUUAAACUAUGGAAGGUAUCGGAGCGCGACAAGCGCGUGACGGGAUACAACACGCGAGAGGAGAGCGGGCGCGCGCGGGACCCGUCACGCAUCACGCAGCUCCGCGUGCCCACGUGGCGCCCCGCGGAACCCAUGGUCGAGGCGUCCUCCCGGCGGAUAUUCGCGAACGCGCACACCUACCACAUAAACUCGAUCUCGCUCAACUCUGACCAGGAGACGUAUCUGUCCGCGGACGACCUGCGCAUCAACCUGUGGCACCUGGAGAUCACGGACCAGAGCUUCAAUAUUGUGGACAUCAAGCCUGCCAAUAUGGAGGAGCUUACAGAGGUGAUCACCGCGGCAGAGUUUCAUCCGACUGAAUGCAAUCUCUUUGUAUAUUCUAGUAGUAAGGGUACAAUAAGGCUGUGCGAUAUGCGAGCCGCGGCGCUGUGCGACCGCCACGCCAAGCUCUUCGAGGAGCCGGAGGACCCACAUGCGCGUUCCUUCUUCUCGGAGAUCAUCUCCUCCAUCUCCGAUGUCAAGCUCAGCAACUCGGGACGAUAUAUGAUGUCAAGAGAUUAUUUAGGUUUAAAAGUAUGGGAUCUUAGAAUGGAAACAAAACCAGUAGAAACAUAUCCAGUGCACGAGUAUUUGCGGUCGAAGCUCUGCUCGCUGUACGAGAACGACUGCAUCUUUGACAAGUUCGAGUGCUGCUGGAGUGGAGACGACCAGCGGCUCAUGACCGGCUCGUACAACGGCUUCUUUAGGGUGUUCGAGCGCGCAUGCGCGGGCGGGCGGCGCGGGGAGCUGACGCUGGAGGCGGCGCGCGAGGCGGCCGCGCGCCCGCGCCAGCCCCUGCGCCCGCGCCGCGUCGCCACCACCGCCAAGAGGAAGAAGGUAACACGCACACUCGCACUCACUCACACACACCAUGCGCGGGGAGCUGACGCUGGAGGCGGCGCGCGAGGCGGCCGCGCGCCCGCGCCAGCCCCUGCGCCCGCGCCGCGUCGCCACCACCGCCAAGAGGAAGAAGGACGAAAUCAGCGUAGACUGCCUGGACUUCAACAAAAAGAUCCUCCACACGGCGUGGCACCCGCACGAGAGCAUCAUCGCCGUCGCCGCCACAAACAAUCUCUUCAUCUUCCAGGACAAGUUCUAGCCUCCGCCAACCCUGUCCUAACCUUCCAGGCACGUCUGAGGACCUUAUUGUCGGGUAAUACGGCUCAAAAUGCAACGGCCUUCAGGCUUCAACUGAGCCUUUAAAUAGCCAGAAAAGGCCUUCAGUUUUGAGCUUUAUCACAAAGGUUUAGAGUUCAGAAUGAGGAAGAUACAGUGCUUAAGAGUUUUGAAACUCUGAAUUCUUGGUAAAGGCCUUAGUUUCAGCCUUAUCACAAAUAGGAUUCUAAGUAAACCUGGUAUUUAUACGUCUUACGUGCGAGUUGAUAUGCCCUGGAGGCAAUAGCUUAUUGUUGGAUUGCGUCUCGAUUAUGGGAAGAUGGAAGAUUGUCAAGCAAUGAAUUACAACUGUCAAUCGGUCAGAAUGUCUGUGAACAUAAAAGAAAGGCUGGACUACGCUCCCAAAGUCUUGGGUAACAUAUAACACACUUUGAUGAACUUAACUGGAACCUAUAGAUUGAGUGUACAAUGAGCAUCAAAUAGAUAUCAUACAUCCUUAUUUCAUGGUAACAAAGGUGUGUUAUGAUAUAUUUAUCCACUUUAUUUGAUGCUGACUGUUCUCGCAACCAGUACACGGAUUGCACUUGGUAAAAUAGAGAGAUACUUUUCACUGCAGUCAACCAUUAUACGCCAAUACAUACUGUAAUUUUGUACUUCGUAAUAAUCCCCAUACAAUAUAAGCAUAAGGUUGGGGAAACAUAGAACAAGGUACAAUUUAAUCAAGGCCUGAUCUUCCUCUGUGUAACUCGAAACGCGAACUAUUACGGUGUCGAUAAGGCAGGUACUGUUGGAAACUUACGGUAGAAAUCGCAGUGGUAGCUAUUAACUUGUUAUCUUACAUUGUACCCCCAGUUUUAACUACACCAUCUCUCUCUUUCAGAUUGUAUGAGUGUCAAAAGACGAACUUGUCCCGUCACUCAGGGGAUAAUCAAUCAAUCAAUCAUUUAUUGCACCAUGGUAAAAACAAGAGGUAUUUUAACACAUUGAGUGCCGGGAACCCGCUCGGCGGGUUCUCUAUUCGUAGUCGCUUUCUUCUACAAAGCGGUACAACGCUGGGAUCGGCUACGAGCGUAGCGCUACAAAAACGCUGGCAAUUGAUGUCUUAAAGUUGUGUUACAUUGAUAUACGAUAAAGCUAAAGCCCCUAUUUAUAUGGUAGCGUUAUCUUGCCUAGAGUUGUGAUUGGAUUUAAAUAAUAAUACAAGCUCAACCAAAAAUACUUCUACAGAUGGAAGUCAUGUGCUUUCAAAUGGAUUAUUGGAAAUAACUCC